CAGUGAGCAUCUGAUCAGACAUGCAGGCGAUCAUGAUGGUAGCCGUGUCAGUCCUGCUCCUCGUGCUCUCAGGAGAAAUCUCUUCCACAGUCUUUUCUUCUCCAGUCCACAGCAACAUCACUACCUUCCAUGUGAUUCCUGCUCUCAUGAAUCAGACUGAUGCUCGGGCAGCUUGCAGAGGAAAUAAAACCGACCUCGUCACUGUGUCCUCUGAUGAAGACAACACUGAACUGUAUAACCUGGGUAGCGGCUGGAUCGGUCUCUAUCGUGGUCAGUUCAGUGAGAAAUGGUCUAAUGGUGAUCCUGUAACAUUCAGUAAUCUGACAGGGAAUUAUGGGACAUCGAGCUGCUGUGCUGCUAUGAAGCCUGAUGGUUCAUGGGAAAGUCUUCAGUGCACAGUGAGAAAAUACUUCAUGUGCUAUGAACAAGAUCCCUCAUCACAGACUCCUAAUUAUCAUCUAAUCCUCGAGAGUAAGACCUGGUAUGAAGCUCAGCGUUACUGCAGGGGGCGCUACACUGACCUGGUCAGCAUCAGAGAUCAGCAGCAAAAUAAAGAGGUGAAGAUUAAAGGGUUAAACAGCAGCACGUCCUUCUGGAUCGGCCUGCUGCGUGAUGACUGGCAGUGGACUGAUGGAGGAAACUCUGCUUACAGGAACUGGGCGAGUGGAGAACCUUGGGCUUCACCAUUCAACUGUGCAUUGCAGAAUCAAUGGAAAUGGUAUUCAGUGGCGUGCAGUGAUGAUUCCUUCCCUCUGUGCUACAACAGUGACGAGUAACAACUUUCCAAACAGUAAAAUUCUCCCUGGAAUCUUCUGUAUGAUGACUAGACCACAGCUGAGUCUCUGUCUCUCUCUCAGGACUCCUCUUUAACCCCUCUGACAUUUUAAAGAACAGAUUAACAGAUUCUUAUGCUUCCACAAUUAUGCGAUUCACCUUUUUAAAAAUCUUAUUAUUUUUCUUAUUAAAAAUUAGUUUUAAACCCAAUUUCUGUGUGUUUUUCGUGUGUAGAAUACUAAAUUGACAGACAGAGAACAGAAUUCAUUUGAUGCCCCAUGAUUACAGCAUUUAGCUGAUGUUUGGAGUUAAAUUAAUGUGCAUUUUCAGAAGAUUGUACCGUGUACUUCUUUAUGUUAAUCACAUGUGAACUCAUAUUAUUUAUAUAAUCACAUAAUAAACAUGAUCAUGUUA